GCGUAAAUUGAGCUAAGACACUCUGGAGGAAGAAGCAGCAAUGAAGUUUCUUCUGCUGAUUCUGGUCUUGCAGGUCACUGCAUCUGGAACUGUUCCCCUUGAGGAUUAUACAGAAGGGAAAGAAUAUCCAAAAGCCAGUAGGUAUUUGACACGGUAUUAUGGCCUUGAAGCAAAUACAGACCGAAUGGUAAAAAUGAAAUUAAGUAAAAACAUUUUGGAAGAAAAAAUCCAGGAAAUGCAGAAGUUCUUUGGGCUAAAAGUGACUGGGCAACUGGACAGACUGACCUUGCAGAUGAUGAGUGAACCUCGAUGUGGCGUGCCUGACGUGCAUGAUUUCAGAGCACUGUCCCAGAGGCAGGCGUGGAAGCAUCAUUUUAUCACCUACAGAAUCAAUAAUUACACUCCAGACAUGAGGCGUCAGGAUGUUGACGAUGCCAUUCAAAAAGCUUUUCAAGUAUGGAGUGAUGUGACCCCCCUGAAAUUCAGAAAGAUUAAUGUAGGCGAGGCUGACAUUAUGAUAUUUUUUGCUUACGGAGAGCACGGUGACUUUAAUCCUUUUGAUGGCCAAGAUGGAGUCUUAGCUCAUGCUUUUGGACCUGGAAUUGGUCGUGGAGGAGACGCACAUUUUGAUGAAGCAGAAACCUGGAGUACAAAUUUCAAAGGCAAAAACCUGUUCCUUGUUGCUGUUCAUGAGUUUGGCCACUCCCUGGGACUUGGUCAUUCCAGCGAUCGAAACGCCAUAAUGUUUCCCAACUAUGGUUACUUUGACCCCAACACAUUUAGCCUCUCUGCUGAUGACACACGUCGUAUUCAAUCCCUCUAUGGGGCUCCAGAUAAACACCAACCAAUGCCACAUCCGGAUGGUACAACGUCAGUUGCCUGUGACCCCAACUUGAGUUUUGAUGCUGUCACUAAAAUUGGAGAUAAAUUUUUCUUCUUUAAAGAUCGGUACUUGUGGUGGAAGCGUCCUGAGGAGUCAAAAGUCAGAAGUGGCUUAAUUUCUUCCUUAUGGCCAAACUUGCCAGUUGGCAUUCAAGCUGCUUAUGAAGUUGAAGCCAGAAAUCAAGUUUAUCUUUUUAAAGAUGAUAAGUACUGGUUAAUUAGUAAUUUAAAAGCACAGCCAAACUAUCCCAACAGCAUAUAUUCUCUGGGCUUCCCCCGAUAUGUGAAAAAAAUUGAUGCAGCUGUCUUCAACCCGGUUACAUAUAAGACUUACUUCUUUGCAGAUGAUCGAUAUUGGAGGUAUGAUGAAAGGAGAAAGCUCAUGGACCCUGGUUACCCUCAGCUGAUUAUCAGGCACUUCUCAGGAGUUAGGCCGACCAUUGACGCAGCCUUCUACUUCAAAGGACACUAUUAUUUCUUCCAAGGAUCUAACCAACUUGAAUAUGAUGUCAAGUUACGUCGUGUUACCAAAAGGCUGAAAAGCAAUAGCUGGUUUGAUUGUUAGGAAUGAUGUAUUCAAUGGUGUUUGUCAAUUCAUUUCAGUUUAAUAAUCUUUUAUUGUAUAUAUGCUAUGUGCCCAGAGUACCACUACGUGGUGAUAUGUAUCAUAAAAUAAGGCAUCUGUAGAAACCACAGAUUAAUGACUGUGUAAGGAAACAAUUAUACAAAAUGUAAACCCUUCCCAUCAGUUUUGUUUGAUUCUAUUAAGUUUGAAAGUAGGUCAACAGUAUACCUUCAAAAGCCAACAGCACACUUUUUGGAGACUUCUGUGUAGAUAGCUUCCUAACAUUUUUAGACUGAAAAGUUGGAAUUAUUUCUUUGUCUUAACUAAAAUUAAACAUAUUAUUUUGCUCAAAUAAAAUUUUUAAACAAAA